AUGUCAACAAGCGAAGUUGAUGAUGUUUAUUCAGAUUUAUAUUCUACGUUUUCUCAGCUCACCUCGACUACAGAAAAUGAUAUAGAGUUGCUACCAUAUCCAAUCACUUUAAAAACCAUCCUAAUAUUUGCAGGUGCCACUGUUGGUGGGUUGCUUUUUGGUUAUGAUACUGGUGUUAUCUCAGGCGUGUUAUUGACAUUAAAACCACAAGAUUUGUCACGAAGUGUCCUGACAAAUUUUGAUAAAGAAACGAUAACAUCAAUAACAAGCUUUGGCUCCUUCAUUGGUUCAAUAAUUGCAUUUCCCUUGGCAGAUAGAUGUGGUAGAAGAAAAACUUUAGCAAUUUGCUGCUUUAUCUUCAUUAUCGCUGCGUUAUGGAUGGCUGGAUCUACAACGUUAUUAUUAUUAGUAUUGGGACGUUUUAUCGUAGGCUGUGCAGUUGGAGUGGCAGCCCAAUGUGUUCCCAUCUAUUUGAGCGAAAUUUCACCCAGUUCUAUUAGAGGAUUCAUUUUAACUUUAAACUCGCUGGCCAUCACUGGUGGACAAUUAUUAUCUUAUAUUGUUGCUUAUUUUUUGGCAAAUGUUAAUCAUUCUUGGAGAUAUCUAUUUGGUAUAUCCUCCAUCCCCGCAAUUAUAUUUAUUCUUUUGCUAGAUUUUAUUCCUGAAUCACCUAGAUGGCUUAUUAGUAAGGGAGAAUUUAGUGAAGCACAUAAAUCACUGACGAUGAUUUAUCCAACUGCAUCUCAUUAUCAGGUUAAUUUAAAAUUGAGGAAAUUAAUCAUUGACCUUGGAAAAUUAAGGCAUUAUCAGGAUAUAGAAGAACCGUUAUUAAUUCGCUCCAGAUCCUUUCUACGAUCUUUGAAUUCUUCACUUCUAUCCCAAAAUCGGGAACAAUCGACGGCAGCUGGCGGUCCAAUUCAACCACAACCAUUCACUUCAAUAGCAGGAUUGGCAUCAAUUGCAGAUUUAACCGCCCCAAUACCGAUACCACCCAGAACUUCUAAGAAGCAUGUGCACAAAAUGGAGGCAAGAACUAAGAGAGCUCUUAUAAUAGGGUGUGUAUUAAUGUUUUUCCAACAAAUUACAGGAUUUAAUGCCUUCAUGUAUUAUGCAGCAGUCAUAUUCUCUAAAUUAAAUUUGGAGAAUCCAUUACUACCGGCGAUUCUGGUUGCGUUGACUAACUUUUUAUUCACCUUUGUCGCUUUGAGAUAUGUGGAUAAAAUCGGUAAAAGAUUGAUGUUACUUUACACUUUAGUUGUCAUGAGCAUCGGCCUUUUGUUGGUAUCAAUUGGCUUCGAUAAAAAUAAUAUGAUAUUGAUCCUCAUAUCUAUUGUAAUAUUCGUUGGAGGUUAUGCAUCUGCCCUAGGAACGGUACCCUGGACUUGCGUUGAAUUCUUACCUCUUAACAGAAGAGCAUUUGGGUCCUCAUGCAUAUCAUGCACAAACUGGCUAACCAAUGCUAUCGUUGCACUAUCCUAUUUAUCUCUAAUGGAUUCGAUAGGGAACGGAAAUACAAUGUUAAUAUUUGCAGGAUUCACUUCGUUAGCGUGGCUAUUUGUGUAUUUCUUUUACCCAGAAGUAAAAGGACUUUCCUUGGAAGAGAUAGGAAAAGUUUUUGAACAUGGCAUUGAUGUUCAUACUGUAUACAGAAACUACUAUUAA